AUGUGUCCCCUGGGCUGGCUGGGCGUGGCCACCCUGUGCUUGGGGACACUUUGGGCUGUCCCAGCCAAGGAGAGGAGGAAGGUGGAGAAGCCCAAGGCUGACCUGACCCUCUAUGAAAACCUGGAUUUGGACAACUACGACCUGAGCUUGGAUAACUACGGGGACAUCCUGGACCUGAGCAACUACGAGGAGCUCUACGACUACGGGGACCUUGUCCCCAAGAUCGAGGUUGGCACUUUGGCUCCUCGCCCUAAGGAGCCCAAAACCCUCCCAGAGCUGGGUGAAACCACGGUUGGAACCCCAAAACUGCAGCCCCCCAGCGGUGCUGACCCCGUGCCCUCAGCGCCCAUCCCCGGGCAGGCCCUGCCCUGCUGCCUGCUGUGCCUGUGCCUCGGCUCCUCCGUGUACUGCGACGACGCCGGCCUGGAGCGGAUCCCGGCGCUGCCCCCGCACACCCAGUACCUGUACGCGCGCUUCAACCGCAUCGGCGCCGUGCGCGACCGCGACUUCGCCGGCCUGGAGCAGCUGAAGCACAUCGACCUGAGCAGCAAUUCCAUCCGGCGGGUGGACGACGACGCGUUCCGGAUGCUGCCCGGCCUGCGGGAGCUGCUGCUGCCUGAGAACCUCCUGGGGGCCCUGCCCGAGCUACCCCGCAGCCUGGAGCGCCUGGAUGUGCGCAGGAACCGCAUCCCCAGCGCCGGGCUGCGCCCCGAGGCUUUCCGCGACCUGAAGCAGCUGCAGUUCCUCCAUCUCUCUGAUAACCAGCUGGAUUUCAUCCCAGUGCCCCUCCCCGAGAGCCUGCGCUCGCUGCACCUGCAGAACAACAACAUCCGGACGAUGCACGAGGACACGUUCUGUGACAGCCAGGACCAGGGCCAGAUCCGCCGGGCGCUCGAGGACAUCCGCCUGGACGGGAACCCCAUCAACCUCAGCCUCUUCCCCAACGCCUUCUUCUGCCUGCCCCGCCUGCCCACCGGCCGCUUCUCCUGA